AUGCCUGUGUCCGCAGCACUUCCCGCUACCUUGAAGGGCAUCACAGCAACCAAGAUUGCGGAGGUCGCGAAACAACGUAGCGAUUACGAGACCUCGAAGAGACACACUAUCGAGACUGCUGAUCAUCAAACCGAUCUACUUUCCAAGGUCAAAGCUCUUUUUGAUGGUACUUGCCGCAUCGAAGGCUGCCCCGUUUCCACGGAUGACCCUUCUGGACUCGAAGACUACCCCGAUUCCACGGAUGACCCUUCUGAACUCGUAGACCGGCAGCUGUCGGAAAGUUUGCGGAACAAAAGACGCUUCCUUCGUCAGGCACAAGCUGAUCCUUCGUUCUCUCCGGCAAUACUUCGACAAUUUGGCGAUGAGCUCUUGAGGGACCUCGAACUAAAGAGCCAAGGUCACAUUCAUGCGGAAUUCUUCUCGAAACUGGUCACAGAAUGGCUAUCAGACUCUGAUGAGGCGGAUUUGGGAAUUACUGAAAACUCUGAUGAACUUGCCAGUAGCACAUCUUCUUUCGAGAAUAUUGGCCGGAAGGAGAUGUACGAGCAACGCGCACAGUGGGAGUCUCUUGUCUUCACCAGAAGCGACAUCGAUCCGGACGUUAUCAACGACUACCUUACCAAGCUUUUUACUUCUACCAAGACUAAAGCUAAAGCUCUUAAGGACAUACGUACCCAGGUUCGAGCUUUUAGCGCCGGCUUUGAGACACGCUCUGGUCGGUUUGAUCCUGAUUAUCUGAAGGUAACUAUCAAAGGUCUGGUCUUGACCGACUUGCUGUCCGAGGAAAAGAACGCCAUUCUUAAAACAUUCAUGAGCAACAAAGAGGUUCUCCCCGAGAUCUGCGAUGUAUUAAACAUGAGGUUGAUGUCACUAUCUACAUGGUCAUGGUCCACUGGUGAGGGAGAUGCGAUUCCACUGGAGAUGCGUAAGCAGCUCAACGGCAAAUACAGGGUUUUCAUGGACGAAGACGUGCUUGACGCUCUCUUGUUGCAUGGGAUCGCUCUUCGUUGGGCGGUUGAGUUCAAGAACGUCUUCACCAAAUUCUUUCGAUCACGAGCAUGGCGUAGAGGUGACCGCACCAUUCCGAAGCUUGACAAAGAGCGACGUGAGUACUUCUUGGGCGAGGAGACACAAGGAUCUAGUGUUUCUAACGUACACGAGAAGCGUCGCGAUCAGUACUAUGAGGAUUAUUUUAUGACGCAACUCCCAGAGGAUAUCUCGGAAGGAGGUCGAACCUACGAAGGCGAUUCGGAUGAUGAGGCCGAUAGAACACGCAAAGGUCCCCUCGAGAUCAAACAUAGUCUGCUUCAUCUUCUCAUCACCGAGUCUCAAUUGGCUACCCGACUAUGUGGCGAUAUUACUGUCGUCCGCUCGGACUUCAAAUGGUUUGGCCCUUCCUUACCGCAUAGUACUAUCUUUGCCGUCCUUCGAUUCUUUGGCAUGGGCGGGACAUGGAUUGACUUUUUCACCCGUUUCCUUGAAGCGCCUCUUCGAUUUACGCAAGAUGGUCCCCAAGGUACUGUCAGGACACGAGUCAGAGGUGUACCAAUGUCUCAUGCGUUGAGUGAUUUGCUUGGCGAAGUCGUGUUGUUCUGUAUGGACUACGCCGUCAACCAAAUGACUCAUGGAUCAAUUCUGUACCGUCUUCAUGACGAUUUUUGGUUUUGGGGUCAAGAGGAUGAUUGUCGGAAGGCGUGGAGAGCCAUGACACAGUUUGCCAGCAUUAUGGGUAUUCAGUUCAACGAGGAGAAGACAGGCACCGUGCGACUAGGCUCUAGAGCUAACCAGGCAGCCGCUUCCGCCGAAGCUGUGGUAAAAGGCGAAUCAGAAGGCAACCUAGAGAGCGGUUCAGAAGAUGAUUCGAGAAGCAGAAGGACCGGGAAGGGCGCUGUACUUACCACCGAUAAUCUGCCAAAGGGCGAAGUUCGCUGGGGAUUCCUGCGCCUCGACUCGCAAACAGGACGGUUUUUAAUCGACCAGAGCCAAGUGGAUGAUCAUAUCAAAGAGUUGAAACUCCAACUUUCCCAUUGCAACAGUAUCUUCUCCUGGAUUCAAGCCUAUAAUGCCUACCUAGGACGCUUCUUCAGCAACAACUUCGGCAAACCAUCUUUCGCGUUCGGGCACGCACAUAUCGAUAUGAUGAUCGAAACAUUCGGCCGUAUCCAACGAGCGCUCUUCCCCAACGGCUCCGUUACCGACCACCUCCGGCAAAUCAUCGAAGAACGAUUCAGAGUCAAAGAUCUUCCAGAUGGCUUCUUCUACUUCCCUAUCCGCAUGGGUGGGCUUGAGCUUAGAAACCCACUUAUUCCUCUCUUCUCUAUGCGUGAUUAUAUCCGCAGAUCUCCGGAAAAGAUGCUGGAACGAGCACUAGAUAAGGACGAAGAGGAGUACCAUGUUGCCAAAGAGCGGUUCGUGAAGAAUGAUGCAGGUGCUGGAUUGGGGCGGCACAGUAACCUCGAGCUACAGAGCAAGAUCAGGGCACAGCAGGGUGAUAAUGACAACUUUAUGCCCAUGGAAGAGUUUCUCCGCUACCGUGAAGAGAAGAGCGGAAAUCUGGCGGCUGUGUAUGCGGAGCUGCUGGCAAUACCUCAGGAAAAGGAAGUUGACAUGACGCCACAAAUUGCGAGUUGGUUGGAAGCUUUGCCAGCGGAAACGAUGGCCGACAGGAGCAAUGGCGGAGGUCUUGGGUCGGGAGUUUACCGAAAUUGGUCCUCUAUGGAGCCGUAUUGGAAAUGGGUUCUGGCUGUUCAUGGGGCGGAGGUGGUGCAGAAGUACGGCAGUGUAAGACUCGUGGAUGAGGCGAGGGUGCCAGUGGGCGUGAAGGAGGAUCUUAAGAAGGAGGAUCUUGAGGAGGAGGAUCUUGAAGAGAAGGAUCUUGAGGAGGAGAAUAGCAAGAAGGAGGAUAGCAAGGAGGAGGAUAGCAAAGAGGAGGAUCUUAAGGAGGAUCUUAAGGAGGAGGAUAGAAAGGAGGAGGAUAGAAAGGAGGAGGAUAGCAAGGAGGAGGAUAGCAAGAAGAAGGAUAAGGAAGAGGAUAAAAAAAAUAAUAAGGAGAAGGAUAUUAAUAAGGAGGAGAAUAUUUAUAUAAAAAGAGAUAUUUAUAAGGAAGAAGAUAUCAUAAAGAGAGGGAUGCUUAAGAUCCUUCUCCUCAAGAUCCUUUUUCUUGCUAUCCUCAUCCUUACUAUUCUUCUCCUUGUUAUCCUCUUCUUUGAGAUCCUCCUCUUUGAGAUCCUCCUUUUUGAGAUCCUCCUUUUUGAGAUCCUCUUCCUUACUUCUCCUUAA